CUUAUCAAUAAAAGAUAAAGACCUCGCACCAGCACACAGGUGCCGCGAUGUGAAAUGAUUUGGAUCAUUUGACGUUCAGUUGGAUGACGCUCUCUGCAAAUUAAGGUUAACAGUUGCACGCCGAAGGUAGUUGCGGAUACAGUGGAAGUGAAAAAAACUGUACCAAACAUGGCAAGAGAAAUGGCAUACAGUCCAAUCAAAUCUCGUUCUAAACCGGUGAUUUUUGUGCACACAUUGAUAUCAAACCGAUUUAUGAAAAAGUAUGGUGUACUUGCUGUAUUUUUGUUGUUCACGCUCGGUUUGCUUUACUACAGGAGAGUUUUAUUUAAUUGUGACAACUUACAGCAAAAGUACAUCCACCAAACACUUCCACUCUAUCAACGAUCGGUGUCGCUAGUGUUUGGGAAAGAAAGUAAUAUAGAUGUGGAAGAUACAGGACAACACGAUCAUUGGAGACCAGUUGGUGAUGUGGAAAAAAAAUUUAAACUAUAUUCAGCUUAUUUUGAUCCACGGCUAGAGGUUGUUGAAUCCUACAUAGUGCCACAUGGUUUCCUUCCGUUCGGUAGUAUACGUAUCUUUGCCAUAUUGCCGUUGAAAGUACGAAAAGAAGAUAUAUUUUGCAACUUCAGAUCAGAUAACACCUAUAUCGCGCAACACCGAGCGGACGAAGUUGAAGCAGUGCACGAACAUUGGAAUAUGGAAUUUGCGGCCACAUAUGUGAUAUGCAAACUUGCUGGUAAUAUUACCAAACGGGAAGCACGCUUACCGGAUGAAGUGGCACUUAGCUAUCUCGGUGAACCCAGCAUGCAGGAAGCGACCAACUUUGUUCGUAUAAAGUACCCAAGCAAGGACAGGCUCUUCCGAUCUGCUCCCACUCGAUCGCUGGCUGUUUGCGUUGGCCCUUUGCAUCACAACUUUCCGUACGCUCUGCGAAUGGUGGAAUUUUUCGAAUAUUACAAAAUGAAUGGAGCAGAACGGUUCUACGUGUAUAACAAAUCGGCCACUCCGGAAGUGGACACGGUAUUACGAUAUUAUCAAGCAACUGGAUUGGUGCAGGUGUUGGAUUGGCACUUGGACGGGUACAAAUUCGAGAAUGAGCUGCGGUACGAGGGCAUAUUUGUGGCACUGAACGAAUGUUUCUAUCGUGCUACCGUUACUGGAGGGUUCCGCUAUACAGCGAUUGUCGAUUUCGACGAGUUAUUAUUUCCGGCCGGCGAUAAGGAAACGCUGCUCGAGUAUCUACAAGCAAAGGAUCGAUAUGAUGUGCAUUCGUUUAACUUUCAAGGUGUGUUUUUCUACGAUAUCUAUGCACCUGAUUUCUCGCACGUUCCACCAUGGGCAAACAAUACGUACCUCUACACACAGGUCCGCAAUGUGCGGACGAAAAAUCCUCUUCUGCAUCACAAUCGCAGCAAGUAUGUGAUGAAAGGUCGGAAUGUGUUUGAAGCCGGGAACCAUUUCGUGUGGAAAGCGGCUAGAGAUACGUACGAAUAUUCUGUGCCGGAAAACGAGGGACUAUUGAUGCAUUAUCGCGAUGGAAGCCUUGGUUAUGAUUUUGAAAACGUUGUAGUGGACACUCGUAUUCAGGAGCGGUUUGGAAAACAGAUUUGGCAAGUGGUGAAUGAAAAGUGUACAGCUAUUUUCCGCACGACAGGUAUCUGUCCUCUUGGAGAAAAUUAUAACCGUACUGAUACGCCUCAGUAAUGUGCCACGCAUCCGCACAAAGCAUCUUUAAAUGUUUAUUUGCAUUAAAACUAAUGAAUAUGCUUACGUACUGAAGUAGCUAGUCUAGUCUCCAGUGAUUAUUGUUUCUUCAAAGAUUAAACAUGAACUUUCAAAGACA